AGCCGGCCCAUAUGAAUUUUUUUUUUUUUGCAAUAUUCCUUCUGUUUUGGUUUGGAGUUUUAAAUAAUUAAUUGGUCCAGUUGCCAAAUAAUGAAUGUUAGAUUGAAAAAAAUUACUCUUUCAAAAAAUUUAUAUACAAUCUUUUGUUGGAAUGUUAUGGUUGUGAUAUAUUUAUAAUUAAUAAUAAUUUUGAUGAGAUUUUUAUUUUGAAGUGAUAUGCAGUCACGUUAUUUUGUAUAUAAAUUUUAUUUGUACAGCAUUAUUCAUUUAGACUUAGUACAUUUUAAAUUAAUUACAUUAUAAUUAAUGAUAAUUAUAUUUUUAAAAUAAAAUUAAUAAUGUGUAAUAUAACAUGCUUACAAAUUUUAUUUCUGCUAAUACCCUUGGACAAAACCUACUUUACUGAAAUUGUAUGUUAGUUUAGAACACUUUUCUUAUUGACAUUUAAAUAUAUACAAAGAGAUUACACAUAAUUUUGACUUAUGCUACACUAUAGAUUUUAUUUACAAUAAAUUACAUUUUUUUAUUUUAUAGUGUCAUAUGGAAAAAUCACAAAUCAAAUCAUUCACAGCUAUGCCGUUGUGCCGUGAAGAAGUUUUUCUAUUGAAGAGGAAGAAACCUUGGAACCAUCAAAACUAGACAAGACAAACAGAAAUAAUCUAGAUCUAGCUAUUGACGGAAUACACUAUGCUCAUGAGUAUGACAUUAAUUAAACUAAUAACCCCCCAAGGCAAAGCUGAAUAAUUUGCUACCACUACUAUUUGAAGGAAACUAAUUAACCAAAAUCAAAGCAAAGCAAAAGCAAUGAGCAUGAUAGAGGUUGAGAUCAUUUCCCGUGAAACCAUCAAACCUUCUUCUCCAACUCCUCCUCACUUGAGAACCUACAAGCUCUCUCUUCUGGAUCAGUUUGCUCCGCCAAACCAUGCCCCGAUAACCCUCUUCUAUCCUAUGCUCGACAAUGACAAUAAUGAUCGUGUUGGUGUUCGUGUUUGUGUCAUCUCUCAAUUGUUGAAGAAGUCCUUGUCACAAGUCUUAACCCGCUAUUACCCGCUUGCGGGGAGGAUCAAAGACGCUCUCACCAUUGAUUGCAACGACGAUGGAGUUUUCUAUGCGGAGGCCAGAGUCAAAUGUAAUUUAUCCGACUUUCUCACCCAACCUCAUUGCCCAUCCAUUGGUCAAUUGCUUCCCCGUGAGCCCAUUUGGAGUCCAAAUGGACCAACUUCAGGGUUCCAUGUAAUCAUGUUCCAAGUAAACAUAUUCGACUGCGGUGGAUUCGCCAUUGGCGCGUUCUUCUCACACUUGGCCACCGAUGGAACAGCCAUGAGCAACUUUUUCAAGAGCUGGGCUGCCAUUGCUCGCGGGUCUUUUGAAUCAGUACCAUGUCCAAGUUACAUUGCACCAUUACUUUUCCUUCAAAAUGAAUCUGUGACACAAGAAUUGACCCUCAUGGCCAUGUUAAGCCGCUUUGUCAGGAAGGGCAAUUGUGUUACAAAGAGGUUCACAUUUGAUGCCUCUGCUCUGGCCACACUCAAGGCCAAAGCAUCCACAAGUCGUGUUCAAGCCGUGUCAUCUCUUUUCUGGAAAUGUUUCAUGGCUGCUUCUAAAGCGAAAACUGGUGCCUACAAGCCAUCUUUCAUGACCCAAGCAGUGAACAUGCGCAAGAGAGCUCUGCCACCCUUUCCAGAGUCUUGCAUGGGAAAUUUUCUAUGGUUGGCGGUCGCAGAAUGCAAAGACGAGACUGAAACGGAGUUGGAUCGAUUGGUGGGUCACGUGAAGGAAGCGAUAGCCGAAGUUGAUGCUGAAUUGGUGAAAGAACUACAGGGUGAAGAAGGGUUUGUCAAUUAUUGUGAGACUGUGAAGGGGAUGAGCAAAACACUUGGAAAGGAAGCUGAUUGUUUGGCUAUAACCAGUUUGGUGAAUUUUGGGCUUUAUGAAGUUGAUUUUGGAUGGGGAAAGCCUAUGUGGAUAUCUCCAGUUGGAUUGGAGGAAUCAAGACCAGUGUUCUUAAAUAUAGUAAUUCUGGUUGAAACCAAAAGUGGAGAUGGAAUAGAAGCAUGGGCCUUUUUGGAUGAGCAAGUGAUGGACAUACUCCAAUCUGAUACAGAGCUCCUAAGUUAUGCUACAAUUGAUCCAAGUCCUCUUAGCCGUGUGUUAGCAAAAAUGUAGUUUUGGUCAAAUUGACAGAGAAACUAAGGCUCUGUUUGGUUAAGCUUUCCAAACUCAAUUCCACCCCUUGGUUUGAGCCAUGUGUUUGGUUACAGUUUUCAAAAAUUGAUUUCACACCCAUAUGUGAAAACACAUCUACCCGGUCAUCCUCCCAGACAUCUGGCCGGUUGAUAAGAACAGUGUUCGUGUUUUUUU